GUACUGCUGAAAACUAAGCAAACUAAGGUAACAGCCUAGCGAGGGAGUGAAAAGAAAGCCCUCCUGGAAAACUACAGGAAUUCACAGAAAGUAAUACACUUCUCCGAAUUCUUUGCCAGCUGGAGCCCUUGGAGAAAGGGGUGAAAAAAAGCAAGAAAACCAAUCUGGCUGGUACCUCUGUUGGGACUUGUUAGAGCGACAACCUCAGACUGCCUUUAGAUAGGGUAGAAGAACUUUCAGCCGGCCACAGAAAACUCUGUCAAGGCUUGGCCAGGAAGACUAUUCUGGAGGGGAGUGGGAGACUGCAGCCGGCUGCUACGGACAAACUCCCUCCCAGCCCCAGGCACAUUAUAACAGAGCAAAGUCUGGAGAAAGAGAGCAGGAGGGGGGGAGAGCAGGAGGAGCACCACAGGAGCUGAAUUUAGCUGGAAUUCACACUGGAAAUAAUCACUCCGUGUCGUCGGCUGAUUCUGUGCGCUGAGAACAGGAAAGAGAUGGAGGACUGGAUGGCAGCCUUGAAGAGUGUUCAGAACCGGGAACAAUUUGAGUCCACCCAGUAUAGCAUGGACCACUUUUCCGGGAUGCAUAACUGGUACGCCUGCUCGCAUGCCCGCCCCACUUACUGCAACGUAUGCCGUGAGGCCCUCUCCGGAGUUACCUCACACGGACUGUCUUGUGAAGUGUGUAAAUUCAAAGCCCACAAGCGAUGUGCGGUCCGAGCCACCAACAACUGCAAGUGGACUACUCUGGCAUCCAUUGGGAGGGACAUCAUUGAAGAUGAGAAUGGGAUCUCUAUGCCUCACCAGUGGCUGGAAGGCAACCUGCCUGUCAGCGCCAAAUGUACAGUUUGUGACAAGACAUGUGGCAGCGUGCUCCGACUGCAUGACUGGCGUUGUCUCUGGUGCAAAGCAAUGGUGCACACGGUGUGCAAGGACCAGCUGUCGACUAAGUGUCCCUUAGGGCAGUGUAAGGUAUCAGUCAUCCCUCCGACGGCUCUCAACAGCAUUGACUCUGACGGGUUCUGGAAGGCCACAUGCCCUCCAUCCUGCACCAGCCCACUCCUGGUGUUUGUUAACAGUAAGAGUGGAGACAACCAGGGCAUCAAGUUCCUGCGCCGCUUCAAACAGCUUCUUAACCCUGCACAAGUCUUUGACCUCAUGAAUGGGGGGCCACACCUUGGAUUGCGGCUCUUUCAGAAGUUCGACACAUUCCGGAUCCUGGUGUGUGGGGGAGACGGCAGUGUCGGCUGGGUACUCUCCGAGAUCGACACUUUGACACUCCACAAGCAGUGUCAGCUGGGUGUUCUGCCUCUGGGGACAGGAAAUGACCUUGCGCGCGUCCUGGGCUGGGGCUCGGCCUGUGAUGAUGAUGCACAGCUGCCUCAAAUACUGGAGAAGCUUGAGAGGGCUAGCACCAAGAUGCUCGACAGGUGGAGUAUUAUGGUGUACGAGACCAAAUUUCCAUUGCAACGUUCCAGCUCCAUGGUAACGGAGGACUGCAGCGAUGACUCUGAGGUGCAGCAGAUUCUAACCUAUGAGGACUCUGUGGCGGCUCACCUUUCCAAGAUCCUGACUUCAGAUCAGCACUCUGUGGUCAUCUCCUCGGCUAAGGUACUCUGUGAAACCGUAAAGGACUUUGUGGCUCGAGUGGGGAAGGCCUAUGAGAGGAAUACCGAGAACUCAGCCGAGUCAGAAACUAUGGCCAAGAAGUGUGGUGUUCUGAAGGAGAAGCUGGAUUCCCUGUUGAAGACACUCAGCGAGGAGGCACAGGCAACUACUGUAAUGCCUGCCCCCCCUCCGACCAUCGCUGAGGAGCAGGAGGAGGGCGACGGGGUUCUGGUGCCAACGCUGCCUGUACCCACCACCGCACUCCCCUGCUCGCCCAGGCCCCCGGCUGCCAUUUUUAAACCCAGAGAACAGCUGAUGCUGAGAGCCAACAGCCUGAAGAAGGCCAUCAGGCAGAUCAUUGAGCAUACCGAAAAAGCGGUUGAUGAGCAGAAUGCCCAGACUCAAGAGGUUUUUGCUCUCCGGGCGGCAGCAGAAGAGGAAGAUGACCAGGAUAAGCUGUCUCUGGAUUUGUCCUACAGCGGGAGCGCGUGUAACAACAUCAAGAGCCAUCCGGUCCACAGAGUCUCCAAGACUCCUUGUGAGAAGCUCAUCAGCAAGGGAAGCCUGUUUGUGGGCAGCUCCGCAUCACUUCCUGCCCAGACAGGAAGUCGAGAGAACAUGCCGAUGCUCAACACAAAGAUUCUCUACCCAAGUCUCAGGGCAGGCAUAUCUGGUUCCCUCUCUAGCAGUUCGGUUAUCAGCAGAUUGCUAGUCAACGCUGACACCUUCAGCUGUGACCCAGAGACGUUUGACUGCUACACCGAAAAAUGUGUGAUGAACAACUACUUUGGCAUUGGCCUGGAUGCAAAAAUCUCUCUGGACUUCAACAAUAAGCGGGAUGAGCAUCCAGAAAAGUGCAGGAGUCGCACAAAGAACAUGAUGUGGUAUGGGGUUCUGGGCACCAAGGAGCUGCUGCAUCGCACCUACAAGAACCUGGAGCAGAAGGUGCUGCUGGAAUGCGACGGGAGGCCAAUCCCCCUACCCAGCCUUCAGGGUAUAGCAGUCCUAAACAUCCCAAGCUAUGCCGGUGGAACCAACUUCUGGGGCGGAACUAAAGAGGAUGAUACUUUCACUGCACCGUCCUUUGACGAUAAGAUCCUGGAGGUGGUGGCUGUGUUUGGCAGCAUUCAGAUGGCUGUGUCUAGAGUUAUCAACUUGCAGCACCAUCGCAUUGCACAGUGUCGUACAGUUAAGAUCACCAUCCUAGGGGACGAGGGUGUGCCGGUGCAAGUGGAUGGAGAGGCUUGGGUUCAGCCCCCUGGAUACAUCAAUAUCAUUCAUAAGAACCGCACCCAAACGCUCACCAGAGACAGAGCCUUUGAGAGCACACUGAAGUCAUGGGAAGAUAAGCAGAGGUGCGAGUUCCCCCGUCCACAGCCCCAGAAUGCCUUGCAACCGGAAAUCGUGUCUGAGGAAGAGGCCUCCCAGAUCAACCUAUUUGGCCAGGCAGCCGGAGCUCUCAUCCACAGUAUUCGAGAGAUAGCCCAGUCUCACCACAGUAUGGAGCAGGAGCUGGCCCAUGCAGUCAACGCUAGCUCAAAAGCAAUGGAUGUGGUCUACGCCAACUCUAAGAGCACAGGGGGUCUUAACUGCAGUGUCGUCGUUCAGAUGGUCAGCAAUGUCAAGGUCCUUCACAGUGAGACUGAGCUGUUACUGGCAGGCAAGAUGUGCCUGCAGUUGGACCCCCCUCAGAAGGAGCAGUUGACUGGAGCCUUGGGCGCUGUGGCCCAGCAGCUACGCAGACUGGUGGAUAUACCCUGGCUGUGUCAGCUGAUUGAACCUGGAGAUGAUGAGGGAAACCUGACAGAUUUCUCCAAGCGCAGCCGCAGUGCCAAAUUUCGUCUUGUCCCCAAAUUCAAGAAGGACAAAAACAACAAGAACAAGGAGGCAGGUGCGACUCUAACACUGCCAGUGUACCAGUGGGGUACAGAGGAGGUGGCCGCCUGGCUGGAGGUCAUCUGUCUCACAGAGUACAAGGAGAUCUUUAUCAGGCAUGACGUGCGCGGCGCCGAGCUGCUGCACUUGGAGAGGAGGGACCUAAAGGACUUGGGGGUGACGAAGGUUGGCCACAUGAAGCGUAUCCUGCACGGUAUCAGAGAGUUGAGUCGGAGCAACAGCACUGCCAGCGAGGCCUAGUCUCUGUCCUGUAUAUCUGUAUGUGUUGCGUCAGACCUUCCACCCAAAAUGACUGUAACCAGCCAUGCUGUAUCCACACUUCCCAAGCCUGACCAAACAUUGAUCCUCUUGAACCCAACGACAGCCAAUAACUCAUUUAUACCCUUAAAAUCUGACUUGAGUCAGCCAAUCAAAUGUACUGCUUUGCCUUUCUUUACAACCAAUAUGAACAGCGUCAGUCAACCAAAUUAAGUACAAACCUGGGUGGCUCAAAAAAUAAAAUCGUCUUUGGGGAAGAGUGUUCAAUGAGGUAAGCUGAGAAAGGAAAGUCAGGACAGAUUGCAGAUUGCUGAAUACUACGAAAAAAACAACCAGAACAACUAAACUACCCAAAAUGCCUUAUCAACUAACCAGCAUCAGAAUCCAGCAGCUGGUCCUAAAUUACUGGACCAAAAUGUUACAUCUUCAUACAUUUCAGACACGUUACAUCCAAAUCAAAGAAGCUAUAGAAGCAUAUCAAAAGGCCUGCUAUUCUUUACAGAGGGCAAUACCUUUGUCCAGAGGUUGACCUCAAUUGGUAAUGAGCUGCAUUGGAGGACACUAGGAGUCUUUUGGGAUGUAGAGUUGGCUCCAUAGAUUAUAUUUUCAUGGUUUCCACUGUGAUUCCAUGGUUUCCACUGUGAUUAUGGAUAGAUUAUGAAUAGACUGAGUUUUUGUAUUGAAUUUUGUGUAUACAUACUGGAUAUGUUUUCUCAGAGUUUAAACUAGUAUGUUUGUGAACCUGACGUGGGAUGCCAGGGAAUUCGCUCCCUAAAGAACACAGGGUGAGUUCUGAUGUACCAAGGUUAGCUGCAAAAAUCAACCUAUCAAUACAUCUAUCAGUCAUGUGAAUUGAACCAUUAACCCCUAGCAUUUCCAGGUGUGUGUAGAAUGUUUAGUUCCCUUUAAGUCUUUCUUCAUUCCUGUUUUUUUAUAUAACAGCUAUUGAAUGUGAGGUACAAAGCCAGAUAGAUAAGCACGGUCCCUGCUUUGUCACCAAACGUCCUAUAUUAGAGCAUGAAGCACUCAUGAUGGUUGUGUUCAAGAGUAGGGAUUACUGUACCACAAACCUCUGUUUUUAGAGAUUCAGGUUGUAUAUCUCAACAUCAAAGCAUUUCCCACUUACUGAAUAUGACUCCAUAUGAUGUGUUGUAGGGAAAAGCCGAACUCAACAAUGCCUUGCAUAAUCUAGUAGCUGGCACGGGGUGUGUGGAGAACAACUAUGCACUCUGGUGUCAAGUAGAUUUACUGUAGACAUGUCAUAUUGUCAAAGAAAAGAACAAUGCCUUUAUAUUAUUCAUCCUGGAGAAUGUAGGAUGUACCGGACCCAGAUUAAGUUAUAGAUUACAAAAGCACGCUCAAUGGAGAAUCUACCUCGAAAGUGCUUAUUCUUAUAGGAGUGAACUUAAUCUGGGGCCAGGAAACCAGCCUAUAACAUUUUUCCUGUCCCUUUUUUGUUUAGAAUUUAAAAUGUACUGUACUCCCUAGGCAGAUCUGAUAGGAUUGGAUGAGUCCACUGGCAAAAUAGGUGAAAUUGUCGCCAAUUAUGUCAUCCUUUUUGAUCUGAAGACGUGACCUAGGAUUUUAUUUCCUGAUCAAGUUUCUUUCGGGCAAACCUAGGUCUUUCCCUCUCAGUCAAGUGUAGAUUUCUUACAGUUUACAUUCUCUCUUGCCUCACAGGGGUGUGAACGUUCUCUUUAUAGUCAUAUAAUUUCCCUGCUCAGAACGUUUAGCUUUACCCCUUUUUUCUAUACUUGUCCUCAUUUGAGAACCUUGGUGGGCUGUCUCUUGCCCAUUCCAGUAUUUAUUAAUUUAUACAUUAGACGAUAUUGUAUGGUAUGCCUCUCUUUUCCAUGUACAUAAGCUCCAUCCCUGGGCUGUAAAUAUGUCCGUCUUGUACAGUGAAAUACCACCAUCCUGUAAUAAACAAAUGUCUAUA